AUGGCUCCUAUUAUUGCCACCUACUCUAGUCCAUCAUCUGGCACAGAGUCGGAUGACCUAGAGACUUCAUCUAGGUAUAGCUCGACUGUCAUCUCGGAAGUCAGUGAUGACGACCUUCGGCCCGGGAUUCGGACGAAUCAUUCCGCCAUCACGGGUAUGGCGUGUCGGGUUGCCGGUGCUACCAAUGCGCGGGAGCUCUGGGACGUGCUAGAAAAGCGAAAAGAUCUCCAGCGUAAGAUGCCAGAGGAUCGUUACAAUGUAGACGCAUUUUUUCACCCGCAAGGAACAAACAAAGGAACGGUGAGUUACCCAUUCCUGUCUGAAAGGCCCCAGUCUGGUACUGAUGAACAUAUCAACCGGCAGACAAAUGCACGAUAUGGUUAUUUCUUGGACCAAGGACUCGACAAAUUUGAUGCUCAGUUCUUCAAUAUUUCUGGAAAGGAAGCACAGGCGAUGGACCCGCAGCAGAGGUUGCUAUUAGAAGUCGUAUACGAAGCUGUCGAAGAUGCUGGGAUCACUCUUGACGAACUCAGUGGCUCUCGGACCGGUGUUUUUGUCGGUUCAUUCACAAAUGAUUAUUCGGUCCAGGCCCAGAGAAACCUCGAGAACUAUCCCAAAUAUAGUAUCACGGGUCUGACGAACUCUAUUCUCGCCAAUCGCAUUUCAUUCUUUUUCAAUCUUCAUGGACCUAGCUACCAGCUAGACACGGCCUGCUCAUCAUCCUUGACAUGUCUUCAUCUGGCCAACCAGAGUCUGCAAAGUGGAGAGAGUGAUGUUGCUAUUGUAUGCGGGUCUGCAAUUCAUUUCGACCCGUACAUGUAUAUCACGAUGACCGAUUUUGGAAUGUUGUCAACUGAUGGCCGCUGUCGUGCAUUCGACGUUGAUGGCUCUGGUUAUGUUCGUGGCGAAGGUGUCUGUGUCGUUGUUCUCAAGCGCGUCCGGGAUGCGGAGACUGGAGGCGAUACAAUCAAGGCAAUUAUUCGCGGAAGCGGUAUCAACCAUGACGGACUCAAGGAGGGGUUGACCAUGCCCAACCCUAAGUCGCAGGCCGCCUUGAUCCGGGAGACAUACAAGGCUGCCGGUCUGUCCACCGCCGACACUCAGUACUUCGAAGCACACGGAACCGGUACUGCAGCUGGUGACCCUCGCGAGUCAAACGCUAUUGGGUCCGUGUUUGGCCCAGAACGUUCCAAGCCCUUGUAUAUCGGCUCUCUCAAGACCAACCUGGGUCAUUUGGAGGGAGCAUCUGGAAUUGCCAGCAUAAUCAAGACAUCAUUGAUGCUGCAAAAGGCAAAGAUUGCACCAAACUUGUUGUUCAAGAACCCCAACCCGCAGAUUGAUUUUGAGCGCGGGAAGCUCAAGGUUGUGACUGAGAUGAUUGACUGGCCUGCAACCAAUGGCCCUCGACGGGCCAGUAUUAACUCCUUCGGGUUUGGUGGCAGUAAUGCUCAUAUCAUUCUUGACGCUUAUGAGCCAUUGAGGCAACCGGGCAUCAUCUCCACUGUUCCCGAUGAAGAAUUGAAGAACCGCCCAUUCCUGCUUCCAUUGUCCUCACACUCGGAGAAUGCUGGCCGCCGCCAUAUCGUCAACGUGAUUUCCUAUGUGGAGGAGCGGCCAGAGACUGCAGUGGCUGAUCUGGCGUAUAGCCACAGUGUUCGCCGGACCUUGCAUCCCUACCGCUCCUUUGCUAUCGGACAGACCCUGUCAGGUCUGGUGAGCGACCUUGCUUCUCCCAAGCCAGUGGCCGCGUGGACGCGUAAAGCUUCUUCGCCUCCACGUGUUGGCUUUGUCUUCACCGGACAGGGAGCGCAGUGGUAUGCCAUGGGUCGACAGCUGAUCAAUCAGUGCCCGCUCUUCCGCCAAACACUGGAGAAAUGUGAUCGAGUGUUGCAGCGUCUCCCGGAUGCUCCUCGUUGGUCCUGUGUUGAUGAGCUUCUCAAGCCAGCCGAGGAGUCCCGUAUCAUGGAGAGCCAGUUUUCUCAGCCCCUGUGUACCGCACUCCAGCUCGCACUUGUUGAUCUGCUCCGUUCUUGGGGAAUCAAAGCAGCGGCUGUCAUUGGCCACUCUUCCGGAGAAGUCGGCGCUUCCUAUGCAGCUGGUAUCCUCUCAUUCCAGAAUGCCAUCACAUGCGCAUUUUACCGCGGCCUUUACAUGUCAAAGGGAGUCGGGUCCGCUGCAGGAGCAAUGAUGGCAGUGACAAUGACGGAAUCGGAGGCUAAGACUGCAUUGGAGCCUUACGCUGGUCGUAUCGCAUUGGCAGCCAUCAACAGCUCGUCCAGUCUCACUCUUUCUGGAGAUGAGAGUGCUAUUCUCGAACUGAAAGCCACUCUUGACAAAGAGAACAUUUUUGCCAGGAGACUGCAAGUUGAACAAGCUUUUCACUCCCAUCACAUGUUCCCUCUAGCACCAGGCUUCCGACAGGCUCUAUCUGCGUUGCCCACCUUCCAGCCUCGCGUAGGCAAGGUCCCAAUGUUCUCCAGCGUCACAGGUAGACCAUCAGGAGCGCGCACUAUGGACGGUGAGUAUUGGGCUGCCAACAUGACCGGAGUCGUGCGGUUUUCCGAUGCGCUAGCAGGUGUGUUGAUCGGCGAAGACGAAGAGCCCGCUCUUGACGUGCUGGUCGAGAUUGGUCCCCAUCCUGCGCUGAGAGGACCAUCUAAGCAGGUCAUGAAGGGACUGGGGAUUGAUCUCCCAUAUAUCGGCUCGCUGGACCGCAAGGUGGACGCGUAUGAGAGCCUGCUUGCCACAGCCGGGCAGCUGUUUGCCCUGGGCUAUGACGUUGAUCUUGCCGCAGUGAAUGCCGGACAUGUUGUGGAUCCCUUCGGAAAGCCACAGCAAUACCAGAUUGGAAAAGCUUUGGAUGAUUUGCCUAGUUAUGCAUGGGAUCACCAGAGUUACUGGUCCGAGACCAGAGUUGCCCAGGAGUAUCGUCAGCGAAAGACUCGUCACGGGGUUUUGGGAGCCCUAGUUCCUGGCACACCUGCGACCCAUCGCCGUUGGCAGAGAUACCUCCGACCGAGCGAGCUGCCAUGGCUCACAGAGCACGCAAUUGAUGGCAAGAUUAUCUUUCCCGGUGCAGGAUACUUGUCCAUGGCCCUUGAGGCUAUCACCUCUGAUCUGGAGUCCAACGCGGUGGAGGAGAUCAUCAUUCGGGAUGUCACUAUCAAGGCGGCGCUGUCUAUUACCGAGUCGGAGGCCGGAACAGAGACAAUGCUUGACCUUGUUGAUCUCAGUGGAGAACAGCAGACCCAGUCCACCCACUCUUGGAGCCGAUUCACAAUCUACUCAUUCGAAGAUGGCAAGACCACGGAGCAUUGCACAGGACUAGUCUCCGCAAUUGUCCGAGAUCCCGCGCUUGGUCCGAAGACCGAGAGUGAAGGCUGGCAAUCCGAAUCUUCCUUUGCUGAUCUUCAGGCACAUACCACACGCUCGCAACUUCCCUCAAAGUUCUACGACCGACUUUAUAAUGUGGGCCUGCAGUAUGGGGACAACUUCCGUCUCAUGCGUGGUCCGAUCGAGAGCGGUCCCGGUUUUGCCAUUGCGCCAAUGGUAUACCGUCCUAAGAAUGUGACGACGAUACCGGAUGACGACUGUAUUUUGCAUCCCAGUUUCUUCGACUGCACCCUCCAUACGCUCUUUGCGGCGCUUGAGACUCAUCUCCAGAGACCCUUGGACGAUUCCUAUAUCCCAACUUCCAUUCACACGGUCCGUGUGUCGGGUGCUCUUGUUCGUCGAAAGCACAACACGGAAGACCAGGAGUUUUGGGUCCGGGCAGAUAAUGAACGUCUCAGUCCCCGUGUCAGCAGAAGUGACAUAUUCAUUCACGACAGAGACUCCAACAAUCAGCUGGUCACGCUGAAGGGGUUGGAAGUUACUGGAUUGGGAAUUGGAGACAAAAGCCUGGAUGAGGACAGGAAUUUGUUUUUUCGAAUUCAUUGGCAAGAGGCGUUCAGUCUUCAAGGUCUUGUCGACAAUAAGUCGUCUUUCUCUGAUAUCGGUGAUCUGCUUGAGGUUUACGCUCAUCAAUUUCCGGCGGCAAAGCUUCUCCACGUCACCCCGGGCUUGUUGCAGACUCAAAAGGUGCUCGCCAAAAUUGCAACUCCUGAGAAUCGCCAGAUCCAAAGCAUUUCACUUCUUGCUGCGGAUGAGGUACUGCCUGCACUGAACGAGCAGCUAGAUGAUCUUUUCCCAGGUUUGCGACAGGAUGUGGACUUCACCAACGGACAAUUCGAUUUUGCGGUCCUGGAAGAGCGCAGAAAAGACGAUACGCUAUCUCUCGUGAAAGACGGUGGUUUCCUGGUGACCUUGACAGAUCUCGCAGAAAAGGGGUUGCAAAAGCUUUUCUCUGCUGGUCAAUGGACAGUGUGGCAGAAGGUUGCAGCGGAACGAGAACAGCCCAUCAAGGAAAAUCUGCAUCUGAUUAUUUCCUCUAAGCCAUCCACAGAGACACUGGCUAUUGCCGCUGCCAUCAAAGCUCGGAGCCCCGGCACUCAGACAACUACCUUGGAAGCAAUCCCCAAGGAAGCUACCCGCAUCAUCUCACUCGUCAAUCUGGAUGAAGAUGUAUUGUACGAUGCUUCUUCCGAGCGCCCGGCCCAGUUUGACGCCGUUCGAGCUCUGUUUGUAUCGGAAUCUCUCAAGAUCGUCUGGCUUUUGAGCGGUGCCACCCAAGAGCCCGUCCGCCCUGCACAGGCCUUGUUUACGGGUCUUGCUCGUGCGGCGCGCAGUGAGAACGAAGACCUGCAUCUCGUUACGCUGGAUGUGUCGGAUUCUUCUGACGCGAAGGCAAUUGGCGAUUUUGCGGUGCAUGUUCUAGAUCCUUCUGUGGGAGAAGAUGAGCUGCGCGUCAGCAACAACAGGCUGUUCAUCCCUCGUGUGCUCACUGACGACCAGCUCAACCGCAAGCUGCCGAAUGGACCUGGUCGCCAGCCUACUCAACAAGCGUUUACCCAAGAUAAAGUGCUAGCUCUGGACAUUCUCCGCACCCCAGGACAAGCAGACUCUAUCGUGUAUACGGAUGGCCAUGGUUCAAUCACCGAUGAAGUCGAUGACCAGGAGGUUGAACUUCGAGUGUCUGCAUCAGCCAUCAGCGAUCGGGAUGAAGCAAUUGUCGCUGGAACUCUGCAUGACAGCCAUUUGGGAGAAACUGCUGUUGGUUUCGUUACUCGUAUCGGUGCUCAGGUGGAUGGUUCCAAGAUCCGUGUUGAGAAACUCGCGUUUGCCAUCCCGGGUGAGAUCAGUGACACCGAUGCUGUUGCCCUUGGGCACAACCUCCUCAUUGCGCACUACGCGUUGCUCGAUAUCGCUCACCUGAGAGCAGACGAGCAAUGUCUUGUCCUCGGUGGUGCUUCUGGCCUUGCCCAAGUCGCGGUGCAAUUGGUAGAGGCGGUGGGUGCACGCGCGUUGACUGCUGUCCCCACUUCUAAGGCGUCAAAGAUCAAUGUCAUUCUUCGUACGGAUGCUUCUACUCCUUUCACUCACGAAUUCUGGGACGUGUUAGCUAUUGGUGGCCGCAUAAUCGACCUUGCUGCCACCUCCGCCCCUUGGAAUGCUGGCGCUCUGCUUCCUGGAUUCUCUUAUACUGCAGUCGAUCUGGCAGCGGCCAGUCGCCAAGAUGAUACCCUAGGUCCUCGAUUGGUCGAGAGUGUCUUUGAACUGUUCCAGAAGCAGACAUUUUCUACACCCAGUCCAGUGACGACGUUUGGAUAUGGAGAGGUCAGCCAAGCUCUCCGACACUCACGUUCAAAUGCCGGCGAUGGCCAGGUAGUGCUCUUCGAACGCCCGGGCGAGCAAGUAGCAGUUGCACCGCCCACCUACAGUAACAGCCAAGCCCUAUUCCAAUCCAACAAGACUUACCUGAUCGUGGGUGGACUCGGUGGUAUUGGUCGUGCCCUGUCUCAGUGGAUGUUCCGCCGUGGAGCUCGCCAAUUUGCCUUCCUUUCUCGCUCGGGUGCUCGCAAGGCCGAGGCCAAAGAGACGGUAAACUGGCUCGAGCAUCGCAAAGCAACUGUUAAUGUUUACUCCGGGGAUGUCACCUCCGAGAAGGAUGUUCGUGACUGUGUUCACCUCAUCGGAGAUAGUCUCCGCGGUGUUAUUCAGGCUGCCAUGGUUCUAGAGAGCGGCCCUCUUUCCGAGAUGACAGCUGGACAAUGGGCGUCAGUUAUUCGACCCAAGGUUUAUGGCGCUGAGAACCUUCACCACGCGACAAAGGAGCUCCCGCUUGACUUCUUUAUCUGCUUCUCGUCCAUCUCCGCCAUCAUCGGGUUCAUGGCAGAAGCCAACUACUCCGCGUCAAAUGCUUAUCUCGAUGCUUUUGUCCGGUGGCGCCUUGCACAAGGCUUGCCAGGCUUUGCAAUGAAUGUCGGAGUAGUUGCCGAUGCUGGUGCCAUCGCGGAGGAUGCGCAUCUGCGGGCUAUCAUUGAUCGCAUUGGCAUGGAUGUCCUCACGGAGGAGGAACUUUUCUUUCAAAUUGAAGAAGCAAUCAAUGGCCAGCUGCCAUUCUCUCAGGGGCCCCUGAAUGGAUGGACUGGAGAUCGCCAUCAACUUCUCAGCGGUAUCAACACUCGUCGGACCGAUCUCUUCUGGUCCAAGAAACCGCUAUUCCGCAACCUGUAUGCUGGACGCAGCCAGAAGUCGACAGUCUCUGGCAACUCGGAGGAACAACAGUUGUCUGAGCUACUGCAACAGGCCGGGGGGUCUGAUAAAAUGUUCCCUGUACUGCUAGAUGCCUUUUCUGAUCGCAUCGCUAGCUCCCUGGCCGUUCCCCGCUCAAUUGUUCAGGCUGGCGUGCCACUGGCUGCAUACGGAAUGGACUCUCUCGUGGCCGUUGAGUUCCGCAAGUGGUUCUCGAAAGAGGUCGGGGUCAACCUUGCUCUGUUUGAUAUCCUGGGUUCCAAGUCGACUGGUGAUCUUGUGGCCAAAGUAUGCGAUCUAAUCGAGGCGAAUGAUUCUCUGAAGGGAUCCGGUGCCAACGACACCCAAGCUGCCUCGUCUGAAAACACCCAAGCCUCGACCGUGGCUAAAACUUCGCAUGUGAUCCCCAUAGCCGAUCCACGCCCGGAUCAGAUCCCCAUGUCGACCUUCCAGCGCCGUCUCUGGUUCAUGCACAACCUAACCGCAGACAGUGCCUCGCUGAAUGUUUCAGUCUCAUUGAUCAUUGAUGGGUCACCAAAACUGUCGAUCUUGGAAAGGGUUUGGCAAGAACUUGGCCGUCGCAAUGAAAGUUUGCGAACAGCUUUCUUCGAAGGUGAUGAUUUCGCAGAGCAAGAGAUUGUUGAGGAUGGCCUGAUUCCAAUUGAACAAGCCGAUGUCAGCAACACAUCAGACCCAGCGGAGUCUCUUCGCUCUUUUGCAGCUGCUCUUCGCCAGAAGCCUCUUGACAUUGAGAUUGGACAGCUCAUCCGUUCCGCCUUGGUCAAGUUUGAAGAAUCCCGGUAUGCUUGGGUUCUUAGCAUCCACCAUAUGGCCAUUGAUGGCGGUAGCAAGGCCUCCCUGAUGGAACAAAUCAGCACCUUGUACAACGCCAUUGCCAGUGGUGCCAACCUCAACACAGUGACCCAACCCAAGGUGUCGUAUGUUGAUUUUACUCUAUGGCACGAUGAGAGGCUGCAAUUACCUCAGAUUCAAGACGAACUGAAGUGGUGGCGCAAAACACUUGCGGGUGCUCCUGCCGCUAGCAAACUGUUGCCGUUUGCUCAGAACGAUCGACCUGCUAGCUCCAGUCGAGAGCGUGCGAUUGUGCGAGAAGAGCUCAGUAAGCAGCUCUUCAAGCGCAUGAAGCGCAUCUGCAGCCGUCUCGAGGUCACUUCAUUCCACUUUGUGACGGCAGCACUACGGGCCUUCCUGCAACGAUACACUGGUGACAAUGACCUGACGCUAUUGGUGGUGACUGGUGAAAGACCUCAUCCUGAGCUCGAUCCUGUCCUUGGAUUCUUCGUCAAUAUGGUCCCACUUCGUUCCGAGAUGUCAGGUGACGAGACCUUCGAUGAGCUAGUCACGCAAAUCAAGACGCAGGCGGUUGACGCGCUGGGCCGAUCGCAAGCUCCAUUUGAUGCCAUUGUCGAGGCUAUGAACAUUGGAUGGAGCCCCAGUCAUUUCCCCCUUGGUCAAAUCGCUGUCAACUACCAAAUCUACGCCAAAGCACCGACCUAUCCUACAGUCGACUUCGAUAUUCCCGAAGUCCGCGUUGAGGAUAUGCCCACAGCAUUUGAGCUGCAGCUCGAGAUCACAGAAGAUGAGCAGGGUGGAUUGAAACUUCGCCUCGAGUUUGACUCCUUCCUGUACAAACAGCCGGACAUGGAGCGAAUGUUCCAAAAUUUCAAUACCUUCCUCACGAGCGUGGUUCAGGAUUAUCGUCAGCCCAUUGAGGAGAUCGAGAUGGUUGGAAAUCUGGAGCUGACUCGACUCCGUGCACUCUUCUGGACUGAAGAAAUCAGUGCUGGUGUGGAUGAUGGCCGGUCUCUCUGGGGAUCUUUCGCGGAAAGUGCCCGGGCUCACCCUGGCUCAACUGCAAUCACCACCUCUGGUGGAGAAUCAAUCACAUAUAAAGACCUCCUCACUUUGGCCGAGAAGCUUGCAGCCACUCUUCACAACUCAGGCAUUACCCCAGGUGAUCGGGUCGGCAUCAUGUCUUGUGCUUCCAUCCAUACCAUAGCAGCUAUGCUCGCCGUGUCACGUCUGAGCGGUACGUAUGUGGCCUUGGACCCCGAUUUCGCUGAGUCAAGACUUGUCCACAUGAUCCAGGACUCGUCUAGCGUGAUUGUUCUCGUUGAUCAGCCUUAUGAGUCCUUGGUGGGUGGAAUCAAAGAACAGACGACAGCGCGUUUUAUUUCCCUUCAGUCAUCUGAUCUGGCCGACGAGAAUCUGCCCCCGACGGAGCAAAAUCCAGACCCCUAUGCUGCAUAUGUGACUUAUACAUCGGGCAGUACCGGAGCGCCUAAGGGCGUCGUGAUCACCCACGAGAACACAAGAGUGAUGCUCGACAACUAUACGAGAUCUCAUCGCCUCGUCAACCAAGAUGUUGUUCUCAGUGCGACAUCCAUUUGCUUCGAUAUCUCCGUCACUCAAAUAUGGGCACCCCUGACUACAGGAGCAACUCUCGCGUUGGCGCUUCACGCAGUCCGAAAAGACCCCGGCGAACUAACCCAGUUCAUGCGCAACGCUGGUGUAACAAUGGGUUCAUUCACGCCAACUCAAUUUGCACUCCUGAUCGAGCAUGGUGAUUCUUAUCUUCGACAAUGCACUGCGCUCCGAGCGGUCAAUUUGGCAGGAGAAGCCCUUCCAGCCCGUCUAGCCAAGGCGACCUAUGACCUGGGUUUGUCAACCACAGUUUAUAACGAGUAUGGACCUUCCGAGGCGACCUCGCAGGUGACUUCUUAUCCCGUUCCUCGAUCGCUGAAGACAGAAUCAUCCGUACCAAUUGGCCGUGCAUUGCCAGACUCAACCUUUUAUAUUGUCAACUCGCGCCUGCGCCCGGUUCCUGUCGGGGUUCGCGGUGAACUCUGCAUUGGCGGUGGGCAAUUGAGUCCUGGGUAUCUUGGUCACCCGAAUAAGACGCAGCAAGCGUUUGUGAAAAAUCCCUUUUUGCAAGGUCAGUUCCGAGCCCGCAGAUGGACUCAGUUGUACCGAACUGGCGAUCAAGCACGCUAUCUUGAGGAUGGCACGGUCGACUAUCUUGGAAGAAUUGCAGGUGACAAGCAAAUCAAAUUACGAGGAUACCGGAUUGACCUCGGCGAGAUCGAAAAUCAACUGAACAAUCACUUCAGCAAGGAAGACAGGGUCUUCCUUGCCCGAGCUGCCGUCUUGGCACGCGAAGUUGAGUCACCAAACGGCCUGACCGAUGAUCGCCAGCUAGUCGCAUUCUUGAUUCCCAGAGUGUCUGGACAAGAGCAACAACUUUAUCAGGAGUCCAUCAAUUCUGCUCAUAAAUCCAUAGCCCAGUCACUGAACAGCUACAUGCUGCCAAGCUCCUAUCAAAUUUUGGAUACUUUCCCAAGUCUGAUCAGUGGGAAGGUCGAUCGGGCUGCGCUGGGUCGUAUUAAUGUCAAGGCGCUGUUUCCUGGCGCCACAAACGCGAAACCCGAAGUUACCAGUGCCAACCUUGUUUCUAGCCAGACUCUGGAUACAAUCAUCGCGGUCUUCCGAUCAGUUCUGAAAUUGGGAUCCGACCGGGAAAUCAAGAGUACAGACACUUUCUUCGAGCUCGGAGGCCAAAGUGUCCUCGCUCUGCGGCUCCAGGGCAUUUUGAAGCGCAAGCUGAAACAAGAGAUUACACUUCUGCAAUUAUUCGAAAACCCCAGUCCUGCGCAGCUUUCGGUAUUGCUCGACUCCAGGGCAGACCCGACGCAAACUAAUGUUACGAAAUCAACCGGAGAUCUCAAUGCCAUUGAUUGGGACCGUGAAAUUCACCUACCAGACGAUUACCAACAUCGUCCUGCAUCUCGGGCAGUUGCAAAUGUGAAUCAGAAACCCAGUGGUAUCUUGGUUCUAGGUGCCGACUCUUUCAUUGGCAUUUUCCUGGUGAAGGCAUUGCUUACAGCAAAUCCCGACGCUACGAUCUAUGUACUCGGUAUUGGACGCUCCUUGGACUCGGGAGGAAUUUUGCAACUGUUCCAGGAGAACCAGCUCCUAGACACCACCGUGACGCCAGAGUGGCUAUCGAGUCACGUUCACCCUGUUCCUGGGCUCAUGGUUCAACCAGACUUUGGCUUAGAGCAAGGCGCGUUCCGCACGCUUGCUGGACAGGUCCAACAGAUCUUCCAUACCGGUGGCCAUGUAUCCCUACUGCAGACAUACUCCGAUCUCCGCCAAUGCAACGUUGAAAGUGUGUCUUCUAUGAUCCGACUUGCCGCUUUGGGUUCCAGCACCUCCCUUCACUACAUCUCGACCUGGAGUGCAAUUCACAUGCAGAGCUGGAAGACUUCGACACACAAGACAGGAAUUGUUUCAAACGAUGAGGUCAGUCUGGGCUCGUUCACGCCGCCUACUUCCAACGCUUCGGGCUAUUUCAAGACUCGCUGGGUAGGUGAACAACUUCUUGAGACCGCAUCUCAGCGCGGGUUCCCGACCACAAUCUACCGUUGCUCUGGUCACACCGCGCCUGUGAAUUCGUCCAUCCCCACUCCUCGGGAGAACUUCACGCUCAACCUCUUUCUCGGCAUGAUCCGGGCAGGUGUUGUGCCAGACAUUGCCUCUGCCGGUCCUGGACUCGAUGCAACGGUCAAUCUGCUGCCAAUUGAUAAUCAGAUGGACACCAUUGCUCAACUAGCCACUUACCAAGCCACCAGUCAAGAGAUCCAGCGCUUCCACAUCAACAACCCUGUCCCAUUAUCAUGGGCGCAGCUCCCAUCGGUGAUGUCUCAAGUCCGCGAGGAUGGUCAAGCAGGAACCCUCGUCGACAUUGACACUUGGACUGAGCGUAUGCUUGAGCAUGCAAUCACGGAACAGGAACGCUUAGAAUGGUCAACUUUCAAGGAGUAUUUGAGUCUUGGCCAUGUGAUGUUCGCGCUCGAUGAAACCAACACUCGCGCCGCACUCGAAAGUCAGGGCGCCAGCAGAUUGGAGUGCCCCCCCUGUUGA